AGCUGGACUUGUUGGUGUAGAUCCGCCCUCAAUUUACCGUUUCCCCCCUUCCCUGAGCGCUGUUGGUGGUUUCGCCCCGCGCGGACCAUAGCGACGGAGGGCGCGCCGAAGGAAGAUGGCGGUGGUCGCUGCACCGUUGCUGCCGGCUUCGUGAGCGCGGCGCUCGCUCUCCUCUCUGUGCUGUCCUCGCUCCUGCACCCCGCUCCUCCCGGCUGCUCUCAGCCUCUCUCUCGCUGGUGCCGCAGAGAUCAUGUCGGACUCGGAGGAGGAGGAGAGUCCGGACCGCCAGCUCAAGCUGGUGGUGCUGGGGGACGGCACCACCGGCAAGACAUCCUUAGCUACACGUUUUGCUCAAGAAACAUUUGGAAAACAGUACAAACAAACCUUAGGACUGGACUUCUUCUUGAAAAGGAUAUUAUUGCCAGGAAAUCUGAAUGUUACUCUUCAAGUGUGGGAUGUAGGGGGACAAACAAUAGGAGGCAAAAUGCUGGAUAAAUAUAUUUAUGGAGCUCAGGGCAUUCUUUUGGUUUAUGAUAUUACCAAUGGCCAGAGUUUUGAAAAUUUGGAAGACUGGUAUAAUGUGGUAAAAAAAGUGAAUGAAGGAUCAGAAACACAGCCACUUGUGGCCUUGGUUGGAAAUAAAAUUGACUUGGAGCAUAUUCGCACAGUGAAAGCUGACAAGCACCAGCGAUUUUGUCAGGAAAACAACUUCAGUAGCCAUUUUGUGUCAGCCAAGACAGGAGAUUCUGUCUUCCUGUGUUUUCAGAGAAUUGCUGCUGACAUACUCGGCAUCAAAUUAAACAAAGCAGAAUUGGAACAAUCACAGAAUGUUGUCAGGGCAGAACUAGUGAAAUAUCCUGAAGAAGAUAACCAACAUCACACUUCCAACUGCCAGAGCAAAGUCUGCUCAAUGCAGUAGUUCAGAGAGUGGUGAAGGCAGAUAUUGUCAACUACAGUCAGGAGCCUGUGACAAGAUCCGUCAAUCCUUCCAGGAGCUCAAUGUGUGCAGUUCAGUGACCACCCUGUUCUUCUCUGGCUUGAUACCUUUGCAGUGCUCCUGCCUUGAUGCAGGCUCUGGGACACCAGGAACUUUGUUUUAACAGGGACCAGCACAACAAUGCCAUUAGAGGUUUCAGAAACAUGUACCACUGUCCAUUACGAAGCAGCAGGCAGUUUUUAAACUGGCUCAAAUUCAAACAUGAGACCACACACUUGAAAAAUUUCAGUCUAUAUUCUUUAAAAUUAUAUUUAAAUGAAACUGUAUAACUGUGUUUAUGUUUCCUCCUCUCUAUUUGACUGAUACCAGAAUAAAAAUAGAUGAGGAAGCCCUGCAUUCAAAAUGCUUUUAAAGACAUCACCAUGGAAGGGUAUUUUGCCAAAGCAUUUUUAAUUUUUUCCCUCCAUUUAUUUGAACUAACACUCAGUUACUUGGAAAAGCUGUUGUUGGAAUAGUUUUAAACACAUAAUAUAUAUUUUAUCUAGGGAUAAUUUUGAAAGUGUUCAAUUAAUAUAUAUGCACUUAGCACAAAAUGUUGUAUCCAGUGAGAAACAGUGCUUGAAAUAAAGCUGUUAUUAUAAAAAUAGUCACUUCUCUGAAGUCUCAAAUUGUCUCCAUGGAUGCUCUGAAAAAUGCUAGUGUUUUUGUGUAUUUUUAUUACCACAUCAGCAUUACUUCUUGCACUAAUAGAUAGGCUUAUACAUCUUUAUGAAUAUGGAUGAAUCUCAGUGAACAGUUGGAUCUGUAAAUGAUGAGUGAUAUAUUCAACAUGCAUUAGAAACUGUUGAUAGAUCAAUUAGCAUCAGCCACUUUAAAUAACUAACAGAAUGACUUUUGGCCUGGUACUCUUUUCUUUUGAAUUUAGAAUAAAUGACAAAUAAAAAGCUGUGUCUUCUGUGAUCUUCACACUUCUCCCCUGUUGCUUUCCUAGCAGUGCACACAGUUCUCUGCUGGCACAUCUGAACAGAAGGCUAAGGAGAGAAAAACAAUUAAGCCAUCUCAAUGCCCAAACUAGAAAUCUUUUCCUGUUUAAACUCUAGAAUGUGCUUUCUAAUAACUACAAGGAAACAUUUGGAGAUUCAGAAAGUAAUAAGGCUAUGAAGGAGGCUUGUAUAUCACAAGUUAAAAUUAUGAGGUUCUUCAAGUGAAUGUUACUAUUAAGCUGUUCAAGCAACAAUUAAACUAUUAGUAGUUUAACAAAAUAGCUAAACUAUUUUAACUAUUUGUGAAAGUAUUGCAGAUGGCAAAAAAUCCUAUUUAUUAGCUUAACACAGUUAUAUAACUCUGUGAUAUGACUUUAGUGUAUAUUGUUUAGCAUUCAGAUGUGGGAAAUUCUAAGAAGCUGAGAUAUUGAGAAAUUAUGCUACACUAAGGUAGGUGUGAUUUGCAGUGAAUUAUUUAUUCUAGUCUGAAUUCUUGCUCCUUUCCAUAGGGUUUGUGUCCCAUUGCAUUGCUUUACUGUAUAGUUAACUGCAACUGUGAGGAUAAGUCUCUUCUACUACCACCAGCUGAGAACUUCUCUUCAAAGCUAUUUUCUUAAUAGUUAUUCACUUCACAAGUUUAUGGUCUCCAAGGCAGGUGGAAAGUUUAAAACCCUUACAUUUCUUGGUGUGUUUGUGGCCUCAGCUCAUAUGUUCAAAUAUUGACUAGAACUGCCCCCUCUGAGAAGCUGAGCACAAUGUAGCUGUGGUCUUUCUCUAGUCCAUGUGUAUCAUCCUCAUGGUCCUGCUUCCCAAGUAAUAUGUAGCAUGGUCUUAAACACCGACUUCUUGGGUAAAGUUUGGUUUUUUUUCUUUUAAAAAUUUCUGUAAUUUUACUUUUCAAAAGAAAAUAUAAGCUUUUUUAUAACUUCAUAUGCAGAGUCCAUUGUUACCUUGAAUAAUAAAAAAUUUUUGCCUUUA